AAUAAAAAAAACAUUCACAUCGCCAAAUAACAAAAUGAAUCAUUUCACAAAGUUAUUUGCAAUUUUUCUGGUGUUUAUCCAAAUCCAAAUAGCCUUGUCUCAAUCACUUGAACAGAAGGUAUGCCAACAAAACCGUUAUAAGGCACUAUGCUUCUCCACUCUAAAUAAUAAUCCUAGAAGCAAAACCUCAAAUCUCCAUGGGCUUGCGUCGAUCGCCUUCGACGCGACGAUAAAGACAUUCAACGAUAUGGAACAAUUUCUUAUCAUUGUUUUAAAUCUCGUCAGUCGCAGUGAAGACUCUAAGAAAUACAGAUCUUGCGUCGAGGAUUACGGUGCAGCGAUUAAUAAUAUUUUACCAGCAGUAGUAGCCGAUUUAAAAGCCAAGAAAUAUCCUGAAGCUAUGUCUCAAAUGAAAGAGGUUCUGGUGAAGCAGGGUGAUUGUGACAAGCAGUUCGCUGGACCCGAUACCUCCGCGAAGAAGACGGAGUUGAUGAGCUUUACCAAAGUAGUUCAUGAUACAGCUGAUAUGACCAUUGAUAUUAUCAAAAUGUUGUCUACUAAUUAAACUUUUAAAAAU